AGCGCACAUUUGCUGUCAUGUCCUGUUUGCUUGUCGGGCAUGUGUUUGUUACUUUGUCUAUCUCUGAAGGAUAAAAACUAACUAACAUCUUUUUAUUCUGCAUUUCUGACAGCUGAUCAUGAACUUACUUUUCGUCUUUAUUCUAGCUGUGCAUAUCCACAGCGUGGUGCCUGGGAUUCACACAGUGAAAUAUUUCGACACCGUGUCCUCUCACCUUUCAAACUUCCCGGAUUAUGUGGUGGUCGGUUACGUGGAUGAUGUCGAGGUGUUUCACUAUGACAGUAACAGCAGGAAAGCCGAAGCCAAACAGGACUGGAUGAACAAAAUCACAGAGGAGGAUCCGGACUACUGGGAGAGCCACACGGAAAUCGGUCUUCGCAAUGAGCAUGUGUUCAAAGACCACAUUGAAAUUUAUAAGAAGCGCUUCAACCAAACUGGAGGUGUUCACAUUCUACAGAAAAUGCUUGGCUGUGAAUGGAACGAUGAAACUAAUGAUGUACAAGGUUGGGAACAGUACGGUUAUGAUGGAGAGGACUACAUAUCGUUGGACACCAAGACAUGGACAUAUACCGCGGCGAAACCACAAGCUGUACCCACCAAACAUGAAUGGGAGCGUGACAUGGCUCGACUAGACUACACUAAGUAUUACCAUACCGAGCGUUGUCUUUAUUACCUGAAGAGGUAUGUCGAGUUUGGGAGGGACGUCCUCAUGAGAAGAGAACUUCCAGAGGUGUCUCUCCUCCAGAAGACUCCGUCCUCUCCAGUCAGGUGCUUUGCAACAGGUUUCUACCCCGACAGAGCAGACUUGUUUUGGAGGAAAGACGGCGAGGAGCUCCAUGAGGAUGUGGAAUACGGCGAGAUGCUCCCCAACCACGAUGGAACCUUCCAGAUGUCAGUGGACCUGAGAGUGGAGGUGACGGCCGAUGUGGAGGGCAGGUACGAAUGUGUGUUUCAGCUUUCUGGCAUCAAGGAGGACAUGGUCACCAAGCUGGAGAGAAAACGCAUCCUGAGCAAUGCAAAAGAUGAAGAUAAUUUGACCUACGCCGUGGCCGCCACAGUGGUGUUGGUGGUUCUCGCUGUGGUGCUCCUUGUGGCGGCCAUCAUCAUUAUCAAGCGACACAAGAACAGACGCCAACUCUGAUCCAGCUGAAGUGACAUCAAGAUGAGCUAGAGAACAUUGUUCCACAGAACGCCACGGCGAGCCUAAUGGGGACACGUCACACAAACAAAGUAAUAGUUGGAUGUGCAGUCCUCGUCGUCCCAGAAGUCACCUGAAAAAAAAAGACGCAAGAAUGUGUUUUUAAAGGAAAUGAAAUAUGAAAUAUGUUGAGUCGUCAUACCAUUGCCGUUUAUCAAUACGCAGUCCUCAGCUUCAUCGACGGGUUCGAUAUCGUUCUCAAAGUUAGUAAAUGAUGGGGUUGUACCAUCUGUCCACACAAAGGUUUCGUCCUGGAGAACAAAAAAAAUCACACCUACGUUCUUAUAUCCUUCCUUGAGUGGAAGAACCGUAUGGGACAAAACACGGCAUCAGGACUACUGCUUGCUUACCACUUCAAUGUCAUUGAAUCCGAUCCAGGUAGUCAGACCCUUGGUCAGUUCUAGAAUGAUUUCAUUCUCCACGGCGCUUGUGACAGACGCCAGAUUCCCUCCAAGAGAGUUGCAGACCAACUAAAAAUAGAAUUUAUAUUUGAUUUUUAUUGUGUUCAUUCCAAUAAAUAUACAAAGAAAUGAUUUAUUGUUACCUCUGCAUCUUCAAAAGUCCUCUCUUCGUGUAUAAAACGGAAGCAACGGUUGUUUAUCCGAGUGUAAUGCCUCGGACAUGACGGAACUAUAAAAUAUAUAUGUUAGACACAAUAGUGCAAUGAAAAGAAUAAAAAUAAUAAAUACACCAACCUCUCACUGUCACUUCAGACCACUGUGAAGACAAGAAGAUACUGUCAGAACAAAAUCAUCUCCUAGUAGAAAAGCUUUUUGAAGUUCCACUUACAGAUCCA